AUAGACAUUUUGAAUCACGUAUAAAAGUAACCUUGCGUUUCCAACAGCAUUAUAGGUGAGUGAAAUUUAGCAGGCAUUUUAUUUAAAAACUUUAGUAUGAGUGCUGAUACACCCAACCAAACUCCAGUUACGAAAAGCAGUCCGGUAAAAAUAACUUACAAUCGGCCGAGAAUUUCUACCGCCGGUGACGGCGAUGCUGGUUAUGUUACCCCAACCAUAUCGCCGACUUCUGAACAUAAGUUUCUGGUUCCAAGUCCAAUGGUAACUCGGCGUACAAGGACAUAUUCUGCCAGUCGCAGAGCUACAGAAGGUCCAGUUCAUCAAGGUGUAUGUCAGUUCUUUUCCUGCUCACAAGGCCAUGGUUUCAUCAAGCCUACAGAUGGUUCUUCAGAUGAUUUAAUCUUCAUGCACAUAUCGGAUAUUGAGGGUGAUUAUGUCCCUCUUUAUGGCGACAUACUCUCAUACAAAUUGACCCGAUCCCCCCCUAAAAUGGAGAAAUUUCAGGCAGUGGAAGUGCGUAUCGUUACAAUGUGCAUCGAUGGCAAAGAUCAACAUGUUCGUUGGGACGGAACACCUGCAAAGCAUUGAGAAGCAAAGCAAAAAAACCUCCAUUAAUGUUUUAUUUUUAAUGUUCCAGUUUAUAAUAAACAGGACCAAAAUGAACUUGCAACAAACUUUAUACUUUGGGCCAAUGUUGUCCUCAUCAAUUUUAAUUUUUCAAGUAUUUCUAAUUUCCAAUGUGGCUUAUAAUAAGAUGUCUUUCACCAUUCGUUAAAAAUAAGUUGAUUUAGCCCAGUAACAUUGACUCACAGCAAUGACUGAUUGUCUCAAUAACAAUUAUGAUGCAGCAUGUGAGUGCAAACAAGUCUAUGAACCUCUGUAUGUGAUAGAACUUAAAUUUGCAAACAUUUCAUGUGUUGUUUUCAUACAGUAAUGAUAUAUAUAUAUGGUAUAUAUAUUGAUUUAAACCUUGUAGCACAGAUGAAAUGCCUCAAAACUCCUGAAGUCUCAGGUUCACUUUGGAAGCUCAUUUUUUGUUUAUUGGCUCAAAUAAUAAAUAAUUCAUGCUGCUAAUUUCGCACCCAAA